UACAAUCUUAAUUGUGCGGUCUCUGCGAUCACAAACCUCUGGAUAUUUACAGCGUAGGAAUUGCUCUGAAAUGGGUGUACCGCCAAACAAUCAUGACAUGGAAGAGGGGACGCUGGAGAUUGGCAUGGAGUAUAGAACUGUUUCUGGAGUUGCAGGACCUCUGGUUAUCCUCGAUAAAGUAAAGGGACCUAAGUAUCAAGAGAUUGUCAAUAUUCGUCUGGGAGAUGGAACCACCCGGCGAGGACAAGUCCUGGAAGUCGAUGGAGAAAAAGCUGUUGUUCAGGUUUUUGAAGGAACAUCUGGAAUUGACAACAAAUACACAACCGUGCAAUUUACAGGAGAGGUUUUGAAAACUCCUGUGUCAUUGGACAUGCUUGGGCGCAUAUUUAAUGGUUCUGGGAAACCCAUUGAUAAUGGUCCCCCUAUUUUGCCCGAGGCUUACUUGGACAUAUCCGGGAGUUCUAUCAAUCCUAGCGAGAGAACCUAUCCUGAGGAGAUGAUACAGACAGGGAUUUCUACAAUUGAUGUCAUGAAUUCGAUUGCUAGAGGACAAAAAAUUCCUCUUUUCUCUGCUGCCGGUCUUCCACAUAAUGAAAUAGCUGCACAGAUAUGUCGACAGGCUGGUUUGGUCAAGCGAUUGGAGAAGUCUGAAAAUCUUCUUCAGGAUGAGGUAGAGGACAAUUUUGCCAUUGUAUUUGCAGCCAUGGGUGUAAAUAUGGAGACUGCCCAGUUUUUCAAACGUGAUUUUGAGGAAAAUGGCUCAAUGGAGAGAGUGACCCUCUUUCUAAACCUGGCAAAUGACCCUACAAUUGAACGUAUUAUCACUCCUCGUAUUGCUCUUACUACUGCUGAAUAUUUGGCUUAUGAAUGUGGGAAGCAUGUUCUUGUCAUCCUUACAGAUAUGAGUUCUUAUGCGGAUGCUCUUCGUGAGGUGUCUGCUGCCCGUGAAGAAGUGCCAGGAAGGCGUGGGUAUCCUGGGUAUAUGUAUACUGAUUUGGCAACAAUUUAUGAGCGUGCUGGAAGAAUUGAAGGGCGGAAAGGCUCCAUAACACAAAUUCCAAUUUUAACUAUGCCUAACGAUGAUAUUACACAUCCCACUCCAGAUCUUACGGGAUAUAUCAGAGGGCAGAUAUACAUUGACAGGCAGUUGCACAACAGACAGAUAUAUCCACCAAUUAAUGUUCUCCCAUCCCUGUCUCGUCUGAUGAAGAGUGCUAUUGGUGAGGGGAUGACUCGCAAGGACCAUGCUGAUGUAUCCAAUCAGCUAUAUGCAAACUAUGCAAUUGGGAAGGAUGUCCAAGCAAUGAAAGCUGUGGUUGGAGAAGAAGCACUUUCUUCUGAGGACCUGCUGUAUUUGGAGUUCUUGGACAAGUUCGAGAGGAAAUUUGUCACCCAAGGAGCCUAUGAUACCCGUAAUAUCUUCCAGUCGCUAGAUUUGGCAUGGACUCUUCUUCGCAUUUUCCCCCGCGAGCUUCUCCACCGUAUACCUGCAAAGGUCCUUGACCUGUACUACAGCCGAGAUGCAUCUAAUUGACGGAGGAAACAAGCAAUAUGUCUUGCCCCUGCUUAAUCAUCACCACAUGAGCUCGGUGGUUUGUUUAUUUAUUUGCCUUUCCUUCCUGGGUUGCACAUCUCUCUUAUAUCCAGCACAACAAAUAUAGGUUGUGGUCCGAGUCAAGUCCCGCAUAUUCCAAGCUCUUUGGCUAGUCAAAAUGACAAUCUAUUCUUUUAGUGAGACACUUCAAAUCUUGUAAUCCCCAUGUUUUUUCUUCUUUUUGUAUUUGUUAGUUCGGAUCCAAUCCGUGUUAUGGCUGUUGCACUUCUUUGAUGAGAUGUGAGUAACAAUCGUGCUUUAGGGACAGUGAAGCCCUCUCAGAUAGGCUGCUUGUUCUAUUUCAUGCUUAAUUUUUUAAGUUAUCUUCAUGUAUCUUCAUGCUCUCAAGACUCCGUAUAAUAUGUGAUCGUGGUUAUGCU